AGAAAAAACAAGCCAGAAAAUUAAAGUUAGCCAUGGAAAAGAAGAUUGAGGUAGUUUCCAUGGAGCUAAUUACACCUCUUUUUCCCACUCCAAAUCACCUUAGAUGCUUUGAAUUCUCUUUUUUGGAUCAGAUGGCAAUACCGACCGUAUUUGCUCCCUUAGUUCUAUUCUAUCCUCCUCCUUCCUCAAAUGGUGAUGAAUCAUAUUCCAAUCUUGAGCAAGCAAGGGUAAUACUAAAUUCGUCAAGAUUACUUGUAUUGAAGAAAUCUUUGUCUGAAAUUCUUGCUCGCUUUUACCCUUUUGCUGGUCGAAUCAAGAACAACUCAAUUGAAUGCAACGACGAUGGGAUGCCUUUUUACGAGGCUUUUGCACGUAAUUAUCAGUUUGAAGAUGUUCUUCAAAACCCUGACGUAGCUAAACAUUUCUUCCCCAUAGUUGAAGGUAGCUCAAUAUUACAUAAUCCUCUACAUGUUCAGGUCACAAUGUUCGAGUGUGGAGGUAUGGCUAUUGGUAUGUGUGCUUCUCACAAAAUUGCUGACGGAGCCACGUUGUGCACCUUCGCAAAUGCUUGGGCUAUAGCUGCUCGAGGUAGCAGCCCCGAUUGUAUGGUCCCAGAAUUUAUUGCAGCUGCAAAAUUCUUACCACCACCUAUUCCCUAUGUUUCAAACGGGCCUAAUUAUAAGUGGAUGUUUGAAUUUGCGAAAUGCUUUUUGAAUGACGAACGUGUCACUAAGUUGUUUGCCUUUGAUGCUUCUACUAUAGCAUCGCUCAAGGCUAAGGUUGUCUGCAAUUCUGUACAAGUGCCUACUCGCGUCGAAGUUGUAUCUGCCGUGCUCUGGAAAUGUGCCAUGGCUGCUUCAGGACUCGACAGAAGGUCAUCAAAGCUGAUACACAACGUAAAUAUACGAAGGAGAUUUGUCCCUCCAUUACCAGACCAUUGUAUAGGAAAUGCAGUUGCAGUUGCAGUCGCCACAGCUUGUAAUCACGAUGACACUGAGUUGUCCACCUUGGUCACUCGUAUAAGAAAAUCGUUAUCAGAACUAAGUUCCAAAUACGAGGAUAAGCAGAGUCGUGAUCAGGCCAUUUUGUCCCUUCUCUAUGAAUACAUUGAGCUACCUGAAGCACAUAUUCGAGGAGAGAUAGCAUUACAAAUUAGUAGUUUGUGUGGCUACAAAUUUUAUGAUAUUGAUUUUGGCUGGGGAAAGCCUUCAUGGUUUAGUGUAAUUCAAACGGCAACCAGAAAUCUUGUUGUAUUGAUGGAUUCAAGAGAUAGCGGUGGAAUAGACGCAUGGAUAUGCUUAAAGGACAAAGACAUUAUGUCUGUUUUUGAGCAUGAGCUAAAGGCGCUGCUCGCAUUUAAUUAAUUGAAGAGCCUCUUGCAUCAACUUUAAUUCUUAUUCCUUCAGUUUCUCUGUUGUUUCUUUUCAAGGUUGGAAUCUGUAUUUGUUUUGUGAUUUGCUUUUCCAAGAAUUUAUUGUGCAGGUAUGGUUUAGGGGAAUAAUAGGACUACCACAGUUAAAAUUAAAGGUCGUAAUGAGCUAAAGCAGCCUACUUUAGGUGGUAUUUUAUGUAUUUUCCCUAAAAUAUAAUUUACGUCUUUUUUAAACAUUUCA